AACAGACAACGCAAGAAAUGCUGCAAACAAUUUUGCAGCAACAACAGCAACAGCUGCAGCAGCAGCAGCAACUGCUGCAGGAGCAGCAACAACGGCUGCAAAAUUACGAACAAAGUCAAUUGCAAAUGCAGCAGCAAUUGGCACAGCUGGGAAAACAGGAACAGCAACAACAACAACAAAAGCAACAGCAGCAAGAGGUGCAACCAAAUGUAACAAAAAAAAAAAAAGAGGAGCUGGCCAGAGCAGAGCCCGCUGGUAUCGACAACGGAAUGCCCAAGGCACUCCGUAUGCCAUUAGAAAUAACAUAA